GCGAGCCGGUUUAUAAAGCGCGUACGAUACGGCAUGAUACCGCAGGCUGCGAGAUAACGUUCUACCUCACUCUAUCUCUUGCUCUAUGCCUUCGUCCUCCGUUUCCCCUCUCACACUUCCGUUCUCCUCCUCCUCCUCCCUUUUUGCAGCAUUCGAAUUGUCGCAGCUCGGAAACGGAGACAAUGCUUGCUCUCUCCCUCCAAACCGCAGAAACGUCGGAAGUACUUCUCACGGUCGGAGGAGGCGAGUUGUCGCCGCUACUAGCGUCUCUACCUCCUCUCUGCCUCCGUUCAAGUUCUUCGAGCCGCCCAAAGUCGUGGAGAGUCCCUUUCCGCUGGAGUUGGAACCAGCGGAUCCCGACUUCUACAGGAUUGGAUAUGCGAGGAGUGUGCGUGCCUAUGGCGUUGAGUUCAGAGAAGGUCCCGACGGGUUCGGAGUGUAUGCGUCCAAGGACGUCGAUCCGCUGCGAAGGGCUAGGGUGAUUAUGGAAAUUCCUUUGGAGUUGAUGUUGACUAUAAGCCAGAAGCAUCCAUGGAUGUUUUUCCCUGAUAUAGUUCCUGUUGGCCAUCCUAUAUUCGAUAUUAUUAACUCCACUAAACCUGAGACUGAUUGGGAUCACAGAUUGGCAUGUCUUCUUUUACAUGCGUUUGAUGUGGAAGAUAACUUUUGGCAACUCUAUGGUGACUUUCUGCCGAGUUCAGAAGAAUGCACAAGCUUGCUUUUGGCCCACAAGGAUGAUCUCUUGGAGUUGCAAGACCAUGUUCUAGCUUCCAAAUUGGAGGAACAACAAAAAUGCGCAAUAGAAUUUUGGGAACAACAUUGGCACUCAGCAGCCCCACUGAAGAUAAAACGCCUUGCUCGUGAUGUCGAAAGGUUCCUUUGGGCAUUAAGUAUUGUCCAAUCGCGUGCAUUUAACAUGAAAAUAAGGGUUGGAGCACUUGUACAAGAUGCAAACAUGCUGGUUCCAUAUGCUGAUAUGUUAAACCACUCAUUUCGGCCAAACUGUUUUUUGCAUUGGCGUUACAAAGAUCGCAUGCUUGAAGUUUUGAUUAAUGCUGGACAACGCAUCAAGAAAGGAGAAGAGAUGACUAUCAAUUAUAUGAGUGGACAGAAGAACAACAUUUUCAUGGAAAGAUAUGGCUUUUCAUCACCAUCGAACCCUUGGGAUGUCAUAAAUUUCACAAGUAAUGCCAAAAUUCACUUGGAUUCCUAUUUGUCAGCCUUCAACAUUUCAGGAUUGCCAGAAGAAUUCUAUCACAACACAAUCUUGUCCAGUGGAGGAGACAAUAACUUUGUUGAUGGAGCAGUCAUCGCAGCUGCACGGACGUUACCUACUUGGUCUGAUGGAGAUGUUCCUCCAGUCCCAAGCAUCGAAAGGAGAUCUGCACGGGAAUUACAAGAAGAUUGCUAUCAGUUGUUGGCAGAUUUUCAAACGACGUUAGAGCAGGAUCAACAAAUAUUGGAUGCCAACCCUGAUGCUAGUAGAACACGCGAAGCUGCCAUUAAAUACCGAUUGCACCGAAAGCUAUUCCUCAAAAAGGUCAUUCAGGCAUUAGAAAUCUACCAGGAAAGCAUACUGUUCUGAUUGCACACAGGAAUAUGCAAUGGUUUCAAAUGCAAAAUUUGCUUGAAUAUCGACGCUGAUAUUUGUUCAACUAAGGCUCCAUGAAAGUGAUGGAAGUGAAAGAGAUGAGUAAGCAACUGUUCCAGCGAUGGUUGCAUCAGAAUAGGGAGAAUGAAUCUCACCUAAACAAUGAGAGUGGUAGAAUAGAUAAACUAAUGAUUGUUUCAGCUAUUUCUUCAUCCCAUUUUUCGUGCUUCUAGUGGUGUUAUUCAUUCAACUCUUGAUCUCAAACAAUGAAUGUAGUUUGCUAAAAGUUUGGUUUCAAAAAGAUUGGACAUAUCAAAUAAUUAUGGAUUGAUUGUCUUUA